AUGCUCCCUCCUUAUCCGUCCUCUCCGCCUCUCCUUCACCCAUCCUCGGCCAGCCCUGCGCACACACCCAGUACAAGCAAGCAACGAGCCAUGACCGCCGGCGCAAAUCAAGAGCGCAUCGAGCAGCCCAAAAAGCCUCGCCAUCGCCAUUCUGCCUUCCAGCUCGCAGCAUUAAACGAGCUCUACGAUAAAAGUGAACACCCCUCGCUCGAGGAGCGUACUUCCCUUGCAGAGCGUCUCGGAAUGGAGACGAAAACCGUAAAUUCAUGGUUUCAGAACAAACGUGCGUCGUGUAAAAAGCGACACAAAAGCUCGUCGGCGGGGACGAGCACAGGCACCCACUCUGGUCACAGCACCAAGAACAGUAGUCCGGUCAACCAGCUGCCCCCUAUAUCUGCCCUUAUCGCGUCCGUCUCGGCGGCUCCACACCCCUCGUCGCACUCUCUUGCGCCCCAUGAUUACGAAGGAUACUCAGACGACGAGCCGCUGGCCCAUUUGCAACAGCCACAGCACCCGUCUUUGUUUUACCUCGGGAACCCCCAACACCCACAUUUGUUCGAGGCGGAGGAGAGCGCACCGCGCAAGGGCCGGACUCGACCAUCUGCAGCGCAGACGGAAGAACUGCGGAAGGUAUACGAGGGCAAUCCGCACCCGUCGAAGGAAGAGCGGGAGGCUCUGGGGGCGAGGAUCGGAAUGCGUUAUCAAUCUGUCACAAAUUGGUUCCAGAAUCAGCGCAGCAUUGCAAAGAAACGUAGCCCCGACGACGACCUUCCCCUUGUCCCCGCUCACGUCUCUCUCCAUCCGUCUCUUCCUGCCGCCCCCUCGCGCUCGCGCACUUUCUCUCCAUUCCCUCCCGCAGUAGGCGCCGCUCACCCAUCACUCUCGGUCCCACCUGCGACCGGCCACCCGUCUCUCGCGUUCCCCGCCCCAACAUCCAUUAGUGCAGGGCCCAUCUCCAGAGCCCGGCGUUCGCCCAGCGCAGCUCCGACAAGUCAUCGCAGUAUUAGUCACAGCAUCGGCCACUCAUCUUCCCACCCAGCUUCCCCACGUAUCUCGCCGUAUCAGACCUCAUCCAAUCGUUCGCAUGGCCGUCGAAGUCAGGCACGACCUCGUCGCACACGUCCUGAGCCUCACCAGCUCGAAGCACUCAAGAAGCUCUUCCGACGCACCACUACACCUAGUAUCGAGGAGCGCGGCGCGCUCGCGCUGGAGGUUGGCAUGGAAGUAGGCAAGGUGACGAACUGGUUCCGCAAUCUUCGCCAGACGGCAAGGAAAAGCAUCAGAUCGCGCGGCAUGCACGUUUCUCCAGAUGGCGAGGAGGAUGAAUUGGACGAGGGAGACAUUGAUGAGGACGAGGGCGAUGCAGACCACUACAUGGACGUAGACGCGGACGACGUGAGUCUUGCGACGUACAACUCGCGGAACGUUUCCCGUGCGAGUACGCCAAUGCGUUCAGCUGCAUCGAUGUCAUCGGCUCCAUCGCCGCUCAUGCACUCAUUUCGUCCACCGCCAUACAUGUUUGACGAGGUGGAUGCACUACCCCGUUAUGUCCAGGAUCCGCGAUUAUACUCCCCACCACCGCUUCACUUGUGGCGCCAUGAGCACCAAUUGGACCGUCAGAUAUAUGCGGCCCCGUUACGCGUACUACCCGUCGAGCGGCAUAGCAUGCGACCGUCAGUGCCUGUUACGUUGCGGUCUCUAUCAAUACACACCCCAUCUGACCCGGAUGUGGACUCGCAUAUGGGGAGUGAGGAGGACUACCAGGAGGCCGUGACACCUAGUCCAGAAGGAUCACCUCCGCCUCCUGUGAGCGUGUCGGAGACUGAUGCGGAGCUCGAGAAGAAUGCCGUGCUAGAGAAGGCUGCUGUGCGUCGGGGCGUGAUGGGAAGCGACGCUAAGGCGGCACAGUUCGAGACGAGUGUUAAAGUAGAGGAUGCGCUUUUACUGUUGAGCUUCCAUCAACACGUCGUCCGGUGA